UCGAAAUCUCAAAGCGACUCCGCCAUGACAGUCGCUUGUCGUUUGCUAUUCACAACAUUUCGACUUGUAGUUCCAUCUAGGGAUAUUUGGUACGUUUUAUUGGCGGUACGCAGAUAUUGUAUUGGCUCUACUUUUUAAUGAUGGCGGUUUGUUUAUAUUUAUUUUUCUGUUGUUGACCAUGGUUGUUGAACUUAUAAUCGUUCGUUUAUAUUUUUGUGUAAAGAAGCCUGUUUUUACUUUAGUUUAGUGUAGCAAAUUUAUUUAUUUAGUGUAAUUAUUAUAGACAUAUUGUAUAUUUAGUUUGUUUCGUCAUAUUUGCAAGCAAAAUGUUUGGCGAAGAAGAUGACCGCGAAGGUGGAACGAAGAUGACACCAGAGCAAAAAACCAUAAUGGUAGAGUUUAUGGAGGACCAUCCAGAUUUUGCCAAAGGCAAACUUCUUGGGAAUGAUGGGAAACAAAAUAGGAAAGCCAUGUGGGACAUUUUGACAACCCAAUUGAAUAGUGUAAUAGGACCUAAGAAAACAAGCCACAAAUGGCAACGAGUAUGGAUUGACUUGAAAAAUAAGGUUAAAAAAAAGGCCAGUGCAAUAAAAAAGAGUAUGGGCCAAACAGGAGGAGGACCACACUUAAAAACAACAUUAACCGAUAUCGAAAUAAAGAUAAUUAUUAUUAUCGGAGAGGCUGCAGUGUAUGGCUUAGAAAGCACUCAGGAAGCUCCACUGGAUAGUGAGGAUGUAAAUCAACUUGAUCCUGAGCAACCAAGUACCAGCCAUAUGACACACCAUGAGAUCACAUUACAAGCUCGCACCAGCCAUGUGACACAGCACAAUGUAUCACCUCAACCUAGCACUAGUCGUGUGGCUCAACCACAAUUAUCAUCAUCACCAGAAGUGAUGUCAGCAGAAAGUGAUAUUGAUGCUUGUGUGGAGGAUCAUACCUACUCUUCUUUGGGAGAAAAAAAAUUAAAAAAAAGAAAAAUUUCUCAAAGACAGUCUUCCCCCACCAAGACAAUUAAAACCUCCUCUUCUUGCAGCAGCUCUGUUCAGGAUACUCCUAGACGACGAAAAAUGCAACAACCAACAAUAGCAGCACAAGCAUCACGUCGUUUCGCAGAAAUAGGUGAAACUUUAAAUUCAAGAAUGGAAUCCAUCGAUUCCAAACUUGAUGUAUUAAUUGCUGAAAAAAAAGAGAGUAAUAAAAUUUUAAAAUGCCUAGUGGCAGCCAUUGAACAUUAAAAAAAAUAAGUUAUUUUAAAUAAACAGUGUUUUAAUUUUUUUUAUUAAAAAAAUAUUAAGUACAAUAAAAUUAGCCAUAAAUUAUGAUAACGUAUACACAUAACAAUACUAAUACACAUAAUAA